UUCAGAGAAAGUGGGCCGUGGGCGAGAAGGCCCAUAUCCAAUGUGCAAGGCCCAGUUCCUUUUUCAGAUGAAGUACGUGAACUCGUGAAUGGCAUUUCCGAGAAUCACUGAAAAGGUGACCCCUUUUUGGUAGCACUAUCCCACCGGACCCACCAUGUAUAAAUACACGAAAAUAUCAAAAACAGACACCCAACGAUAUCGUUGUCUCUCCACCUCUCACUCACUACACCUGCUUUUUAAUCAUUCAGAGUGAUUGAUUUAUGCACACUUAGAUUUAACAAAAUGAAUUGCCUCACAAAUGUUUCAAGAUCCUAUUCAGCCUUGCCUUCUUUAUGCACCUUCAAAUGCAAAUCUACAAAUUAUCCGAUCUUUGUGAAUAUGAAGGGAUUGGUGAUUUGUACAGAUCUUCGGAAAAGUUGUGUGGUUAAGGCAACGUCUAGCCCCACACCUAGUGCAAACACGGAAGAUGCCAAAGAUGAGGAGAAAUCUGAUGUUUACAGUACAAACAUGACUGAAGCAAUGGGUGCUGUUUUGACUUAUAGGCAUGAACUUGGAAUGAACUACAACUUCAUUCGUCCCGACUUAAUUGUUGGAUCAUGUCUACAGACGCCUGAAGAUGUUGACAAGCUUCGGAGUAUUAAAGUGAAAACCGUAUUUUGCUUGCAACAAGACUCAGAUCUCGAAUAUUUUAGCGUCGACAUCAGUGCAAUUCGUGAAUAUGCCAGCACAUUCGAUGACAUUCAACACAUACGUGCUGAAAUAAGAGACUUUGAUGGGACUGAUUUGAGGGUGCGCCUUCCAGCUGUGGUUAGCAAAUUACACAAAGCUGUUAAUCGAAAUGGUGGAGUGACUUACAUACAUUGCACUGCUGGACUUGGAAGAGCUCCUGCAACCGCUUUGGCAUACAUGUUCUGGGUUCAAGGUUAUAAGCUAAAUAACGCCCUCAGUCUACUCCUGAGAAACCGUAAAUGUUUCCCAAAUAUGGACGCAAUAAAAAGUGCGACUGCUGACAUUCUUACAGGCCUACGAAAGAGACCAAUUACAUUGACAUGGAAUGGUGAUGACUGUUCCACAGUGGAAGUAUCUGGACUUGAUGUCGGAUGGGGUCAGAAGAUUCCAUUAACAUAUGAGGAGAAGCAUGGUUCAUGGAUUCUUCAUAGAGAGUUGCUGGAAGGGCGUUACGAGUACAAGUACAUAGUUGAUGGCGAAUGGAUCACCAAUACAUAUGAACCUGUUACUCCUGCCAACAAGGAUGGCCACAUCAACAACUAUAUCGAGGUUGUGGAUAAAGACCCUGAGAGCAUUAGUGCUGUUUUGUGGAAGAGAUUGGGUGCUGAUGAUUUUGAUAUAACGACCAAUGAACGAGAGAUUAUAAAGCAGUUCCUAGAUGAAUAUCCAGAUGAUGAGUAAAGUAGUAAACCCAGCCACAAACCUUAUUAUCCACAUCUAGAAUUGUAUAUCUGUUAAUGGUUGCUGAUAUGUGAUUAUACAUAUACGUCAUGUGAGAGUGUGUAAGAUUGCAGUAUUUGAGGUGACAUGAAUUAACGUGGUUCUUAAUGUAUAAGUGUGAUGAAUAAUAAAAUAUAUUGUUGGUACAA